CGGGGAAGCGCCGCGCGUCCCUGCCGGCUCGACUUGGCACUGCUCGGCCGCGUCGCAACAAAGGCUCGAGCACACGGCGCGGCCACCAAGCCGUCUGUCGUGCGGUCGCGGCGAGGUCGACAUUUGGACGCCACCGAAGCGAGACCCAAACGGCCGGUGCACCAGUGAGUUUGGUACCGCGAGCAACCGAUUGCCUCGUCGAAGCCACGGGUGUUCUCAUGGGGCAAGUGUGUGCUCCUAGCGAUGCUGUCGGAUUAUGUGAAUGCCAUUUGCGUAUAUUGGUGACGUGCGUCGGCGGCAGAAUAAACCUUCUGUCACCGGAAGAGCAAGCUUGGCAGCCAGAAACGGAUUACUGUCGCCCUGGUCAUGACUUGCGACUCGGACGCCGGCAUCGAGACGGAUGAAGACGACUGCUUUGGUCUGGAUAGCCUGAGCAGUGCCAAUGUUCGAACUGGCCAUGGUAUGACAACGGACCCAGCUUUAGUGUCCACACCAAGGCUGGAUGGCUACCGCUUUUCUAUGGUCAACUUGGAAGAAAGCCAAGAUGUGGAGCUGGAUGCGAUCCUGGGUGAGCUGUGUGCUCUGGAGACGCAAUUUGAGCGCGAGAUCAGCCAAAAGGGCCACCUGCUCGGCCGCCAUGCCAGCACGAGCCCAGUGCCACUCGUCGUGCCCUCAGUCACGGCAGCAUCCGCCGUGAUUGGCCAAGUGUCGCCUUUCAGCUCGGGCACCUCCAGCCAGCGUUCCUCUGGCCACAGCCGGUCCAGCUCUUCAAGUGGGGGUCGAACCAAGCUGGACUUUGGGCCUUUUCAGGAUGGAAUUGUGUCCACAAAUGGAGCCAUUAGGACAGACAGCCCUGACAAUGACUCGGCUUUCUCGGACAAUGUCUCGAUGCUCUCCUCCGAGUCCUCAGCCUCGUCUGGUGGCGGAAACAAUGUCCUGCGAUCUAGUGCUGACAGCGUUCGCUUGCCCAAGGCCAACGCUGGCCUGGUAUCAUCACCCUGUCAGCUCUUAGAGGCCAUCAAUGCCCAGCUGAGGUCUGUUCAGGCAGGCAUUGAGCUGGACACCCCACCCCCAGCAGAGCAAGCUGCACGUCUCAAGGCUGAAAAGAUUAAGAUAGCUUUGGAGAAAAUGAAGGAAGCCAGCGUGCAGAAGCUGUUCAUCAAGGCAUUCAGUGCGGACAACAGCGCAAAGAGCCUGCUGGUGGAUGAGCGCAUGAGCAUCGUCCAUGUGACCCGCCUGCUGGCUGACAAGAACCAUGUCCCUAUGGAUCCCAAGUGGGCCAUCCUCGAGAGCAUCCCACAGCUCUACAUGGAACGUGUCUAUGAAGACCACGAGAACCUGGUGGAGAACCUUCUGCUAUGGACUCGCGACUCAUCUAACCGGAUUCUAUUUGUUGAGAGGGAAGAGAAGUACGACCUGUUUGUGAAGCCCGAGAGCUACCUGCUUGGUGGAAGUUCUUCGGAGCAUGGAGCCGAGCUGGAUGAUGAUGCCAAGUUGGCAUUGAUUGACGAAUUCUUCGGCGGUUCUUCAAGUGUCGGAGUGCCAGAGGUCGAGGGACUUCUCUACCUCAAGAGUGACGGCAAGAAAGCCUGGAAGAAGCACUUCUGCCUCCUCCGGGCCUCGGGGCUGUACUAUUGCCCGAAGGGCAAAUCCAAGUUGCCAAAGGACUUGGUGUGUCUCACUACCUUUGAGAUGAACAACAUUUAUGUUGGUUUUGGAUGGAAGAAGAAGUACAAGGCACCAACAGAUUUCGGCUUUGCUGUCAAGCACCCGCAAAUUCAAACAAAAUCAUCCAAGUACAUCAAGUACCUUUGUGCCGAGGACAAGCAGACCUUGCAGCGCUGGGUGACAGGAUGCAGAAUUGCAAAGUAUGGCCGGAUAAUCAAAGAGAACUAUGACAACCUCAUGCGUGACAUUGUUGAAGAGGACCUGGAAACCCUGGCUCAUGCCCGUAGCUUUUCUAUCUGUUCUAUGGCCAAAACACUGGCAGCGGUGAGCCCCGACAGUGUGUCUCCGGAUCUCGCCAGCCCAUCGCAGGAGCAACAGUCCUCUGAGCGGCGAGGCAGCGCAGACUCUGGCCUGACCAUCACUGCAGGUGACCUUGGCAACUCUCCUUCUGGCCUGGUGCUGCACUCGGGUCUCCCGCGAAAGGAAUCAUCCAGCAGCAGCGGAGCGUCGUCUGACCGCACCGAUACUGCCACACCGACAGACCAGCAGAUUGCCUUUUUUGAUGCCGAUGCUCCUAUUGGGACCAUCAAGAGAAAACCAUCAAUGACACCCAAAAUCCCCUUGACCAACACAACUCGCACGCUUGCUAAGCAGUCAUCGGUCGAACUUCCCGACAGUUCUGGAAUUUAUGACACUGUAGGAAGGAAGAGUGGCGCUCAUCUCACUGGGAGUCUUGGGAGAACAUCAGGAGGCCGAAUGAGCCUGCGCCGGUCGCAGACUGAUGAGCGCAUUUCCACCUCUGCCUUGGGCACCCUGUCAAGAAAUCGCCAGGGCAGUCUGCCCCGUUCCAGUAAUGCUCGUCGAACUUCUCCACCUUUGUCACCAGGCCCAAUGUUGCACUCCCCUCCCCAGCAUAGCCCUGAGAAGGAGUUGCAGCAGCACUUUGUUCCGCUUUUUUCAUCACAACCAGCAGUCGAGUCGGAUGAGGGGACGUCACCUGCUCAGCUGUCAGCUCAAGUUCCCGGUACAGUGAAUGCAUCCUCUCCUCCAAAUGAUUUCACAGGCAGCACACUGAGCCUUGAUUCAUUCCCACCACCACCACCACCUUUGCAGCUUGGUGAUGUUCUUAGCUGGCCAAGCACUUCCAGCUUGAACUCUCUGCCACCGCCCCCCUCUGAAUUGGCAACACCUACAAAUAGCCCGCCCCCUGGUAGCACUCAAACAACACCAACAAACAGCCCUCCAGCUGUUCCCCCAAAGCCAAGGUCACCACGGUCUCCUCCAGGUACAAACCUGUCGGUGUUGUGCCGUCCAUCGGACAGCACUUGUAUCAUCUACGCAGAUCCACAACUCAUUGCCAAUGGCUAUGAAAUGCUGCGUAAGAGACCCAUUGAAGACAUUGGUGGCAGCAGCUGUGAGCAGGCUGCCAUACCUAAAAGCACACAUUCUGUGGGUGGAGCAAAUGCUACCAGUCAAUUGCCUUCUUCGAGCAGACAGCUUUGCAGCUGCAGUGAAUAUGAAGUUGUGGAGAAAAGAGCGCUGCAGAAAGUGGUGGCAGCACCGCCACCGCCACCGCCACCGCCGCCUCCGCCGCCACCGAUGCAGCCACUUAUGCGAAAGAAGCCAGCGCCACCUAAACGCAGUGAAAGCACGCGGCUGUCAUCUCCUGCACGGCGAUCAUUUUCAUCACCGGCUGGUCCGGGCCAGAUCGCUUGCCCACCAGAUGUGUUCUUGCGGGACUUGCACCGUGUAAUGGAGAAAAAAUGGAAAGUGGCCCAGCAGCUGUCGUCUGAGCCGACUGCGACUCCACACGAGAUUCUCGGUUUCCGCGACCCCUGCUGCCUCCCGCCACCGGAUGGCAGUGCUGAUGAUGUGUCAUGUAGGCGCAAAAUUCCACCACCACCUCCACCAAAGCGAAGUGAUGCGACACAGCUGUCUAGAAAAGUCUGCUAGGCUUGGUGACGAGAGCUGAGCACUCGGGGUCACGUGAACGCUCGCCUGGCCGUCUCUCCUGUUCGAGCUGACACUGGUUGCACGUGGCUUGCUUUCAACUCUGCAACGCACCCUCAUGUCAACGAGUUCUGAAGAGUGCCUCUCUUACAUGGUCUGACUAGGUGUGCUGGGCAUGGCAGCGGGCACUGCACUUCAGCAUGAGUGCCAUGUCGCAGCUCGUCGCACGAAAGGCCGUGGUCAUAAUAACAGAGCUUGCUGUACCUUGUGGCCUGCACAUGGUGGUAGGUGGUGCAGACUGGGCACUCGUCUAAAGCUGGCUUUGGCGGGACUGUUUAUUGUGCUAGCUGCACCAGUGCUGAGAGCUGUGCUUGAUUUUCCCAUUUGUGUGUGGUUGAAAAGUGAAAUUUGGUGUUGUGAGCGCACAGCAAUCUUUCUGUUUUUCAUCAAUACUGAAUGUGUUUAGGACCUGGAAGGCUGUAGAAAUAACCAUGAUAGUGUGACCCUUUGCCAGCUUGGAAAUACACAUAAAGGAAAGCACAGAUGCAGAAAGACGAUAGUAGACUUUUCCCAUUAUCAGGUGUCCAAUCAAGCAUCUGCAGCUUUUAGUUUUAAUGUUCUUUUUUAAUUAAUAAUGAUUACUCAGUGCACAGUCAACACUUUGAAAUUAUUUUAAGCUUUAUUUCCAAUUGUACAUGUCAUUUAACCGUAAAUUAGUGUGAAGGAUAGUUGUGAGAUCAAGCCUUUGCAUCUUAACACAGCAUCCAGAGGUGCUCACCAAAAGGCUCCCCCGCAUUAAAAUUUUUUUCAGGUUUUGCUGUGAGGAGUGACAAAUGAAAAUUGAAUUUUGCAUUUGCCAUGGAGUGGUCUUUUGGCCAACUGAUUUUGCAUCUAUAUGAGAUAUGAGUCUGAUAAGGGAAGCCCAAGGAAAUUUAUCCAGAUUAAUAUGUAAUGGUCUUGUCAUGUGUGAAAGAAAUACGUGGGGAGUCCUCUUUGUAGUUGUGCAACCAGCAUGAUCAAAGAUUGGUCAUAAACGGUCACGCAUGAAGAAGCCUUUUCCGAAGGAUGUGUGUAUGUGUGCAAGUGUAAUUCAGUAUGCUGGCCAUGUCAUGUAGUGCGCAAGCACAUGGUCAAGGAGGAGGAGGAGGAGCAACAUUUAUUAAAAAGAAAGGACAAGCAGGUGUUUUUCUGCUUGUGCGGGAGGCGCCCUUAGUCCAGGGCUCCUGCGGCUCUUGCUGUCUCCCGGGCCCGCCGCACCAGUUGCUGCUGGUUACGAGGGUCCGAACUAGUCAGCACGGCCUCCCACUGCUCGGGUGUGGGGUUGGGUAUUUGCGGGGCCACCUUCACGUUGGGGCACGCCCAUGUGGUGUGAUAUAGGGAGGCGUAUUCAUUACAAAGGGGACAUUUGUAUGAAUAUAGUACAUGGUCAAAGAUGCUGCUGCUGGUUCUCCACGUCAGCUCUAGGGCUACAGUUAACUUUUAUGAUGCAACACUUUCAGUUAAAUCAGAUGCGUGCCUGUUUUAUCAGCUUAUGUUGUGGCUUACACUUUUGGCAAUGUGUUUCUGAGGUGCCAUGUUGCCAUGUCCUCUACAUUCUUUUUUUAUUUUGCUUUGGUAACACUCGGUGAGAGCUGAGUUGCCAAAAAAAAAAAGAAACAUGAGCAUUUUGUGUGUGUGCCAUGUAUGUCUGUUUUUACAUUUUUCUACAUAAGCGUAGGCCUUAACUGGCUGUAGCGUCUCUUUCUUCAGACUUGCCAACCUGGUGACCAAAUAUCUACUGCCAUAUGCAAAACGACGCAUGUAGCUUGCAAAAGUCGCUGUGCUUCUAAUACCUUCCAAUGUGUGCUUUGCCAUAAGGGUUGGAAAAAGUUCUUUGCAGUGCAAACUAGUCCUACGAUGCUUUCAUUAUAGUAUCACUGCGUGAAUUGUGACCUACAAUAUCCAGAUGACUAAUGUGCAUAUCAGAAUGGCCAACAGUAGCCUGAUGCCAAGACGUCUGCACUGUGUUGAGUGCUCCAAUCGUGGAAGACGGUAGGAAUGUCGGCAAGCCAACACAGUGGUGUUUUUGUUGCUGCACUAGAAGAUCCCAAUACUGAGCUGUCCCUACAUUUGCAUUUUUCAAGACUGGUCCCACUGGUCCAAACGUUGGUCAUCCCCCCAUUCCUCGCCAGACAUGAAAUGAUGAGGAGUGGUGGAACAAGAAAUGUGGCAGGGUGAACAUGAGUUAGGUGUGCACAUAGCACAUCACUAUACAUUUGCAUGGAAUUGUCAAGGGGAUUUUACAACUGUUUGAUAUAGACAGUAAUAGUAUAUCUGAAUUUGAUAUAUUCAGGAUCACCUGUAUUACCAAAGUACUGAAACAGUUUACGGGAAUAGCAGUACUUGCAUCAGAUUAAAGCAGGCAUACUGUGCUUUCAACAAUUUUUUUAUGCUGCCUUUAUAAUCACUAUGAAGCACUACUCUGCCAUUGGUGUAUUAUUUUGAAUGUAUGUGCAGUUUUAUUUCGUUUCUUGCUAGCCCCGCAUCAAGUGUCAGAUUAUGCACUGAAUUAAGUUGGCACCUGUUCCAUAGAAAGAACAGUGUGUUGAUAAACAUCAGGUUAUGAUAAACCUUCUAUAUUGAGGAACCUGUAAAUGGGCCUUAAUGACAACAGCAUAGAAGGCUUGCACCAGUGUUCAAAAUGCACAUUGCUUCCAAUACAACCUAAAGUUCAGGAAAAGCUAUGUGUGCCACUACUGAUGACGGUACGGAAAGACGCAUGUCUUGCUGUCGCUGUGUUCCUGUCAGACAAAGAAACAGCAGGUGAUGUGAGAGCAGGUACCAUUCCAUCUAAUGCCGAUUAAAUUAAACGCACACAACUUUUCGACAAAGUUAAAAAAAAUAGGCUCAGAAAUGGUGUAGAUCUCGCUCGUUGCCUGCAUUUGCUGUAGUGGUUCUUUUGUGUUUUUGAGAGGGCCAUCCAGAUAACUCGGAAAAACAUUGGCAAGUUUGGAAAAACACUGACUCACAGUUGAGAAGAAGAGCCAGGAAAUUAGCCAUAAAUACAUGUUAACAGUGUGGACAUCAGCAGAGGAAAUGAUGUUAAACAUAAAGUUAGUGAUGGGAAACAGCAUAUUGGAUAAUUGCAAUGGGGGUAGUCUAUGAAACUGUAUCCAACAGCGAGGAAUGAGAUCAAGAAAAAAAUUGUAGGAUAAUUCGAAGAGCAGUGCACUACACUUUGAAGACUUUUCAUGGUGUGUAAGAAUGUGAGGUCGUACAAGAAAAUGUUCCGACGCAAAUAGCACGAAACUAUUGAGCAUGUUUGGCUAGCUAUGUUGAAUCCAUCCAGAGGUAAUUGAGGAGAUAAUUAGCCUGCUGAUGUCCUUGGGUUUUAAAGAUUGUUGGGGGAAGGGCAAUAGACCUGUCGUUGAGAAUAGCAAAAGGGGCAGCCAGAGUUAUUGAUACGGCAAAGGCAGGGAAUCACAGAAUGGAAGAAUGCAACUUAUAGGUUAACAUAAAAAAUUUAACCUGAAUGGCCACUGAAACGCUUUUUUUAGCACAAUAAUAUCCCAAUCUAGGCAAUUCUGCUUUGAAUGUGCAAAUGAAAUACUAUUCCACAGCAUGCAGCAGCGAACUUGCCAUCUAAAAUUUCUCGCUACUUUCUGAAGCUUCAGAGCCCUAACGUUUGUUUUCCCCCUAUCUGAAAGGAGCAGUGAAACUACAGCAGGCGUGACACCCUUAUACACCAGCCAUUUAAGCAAUUGUUUAUGACGUCAACAAAACCUCCUGUGUGUGUGCUUUCACAUCUAGGAAGAGGGCACCCUGUCACUCCUCUCUGGGGUGGUAGUAGUACGUAGGCGACCCACAUAGGAGCACUGCAAAAAGAGAGAAAGCACCACGCAAGUAGUUCCUAUACAGUCGAAGGGGACUGAGGAAGCAGACGUUUUGCUCUCCAGAUCUUUUCAUAUUAGCUCCCCUUUAAAAAUGUCUUUAGGAAUAUAAUCCUUAUGUGGCAAAUCCGUUCUCCGGAAGCCUGCAUAGUGGAUGAAAUUUCAUUAAAGGAAAACUUGUCAUCCACCUGCCUCGUAGCACGAAGCUAGAGUAUGGGUUUCUCAGAAAAAGCUUCACAGUUGAAGAAAAACUUGUCCUGGUCCAGGACUCGAACCCAUUAGUCUCAGGUUCAAGUGCCGGAUCAGGACGAAGCUUGCCUUAUGAGAAACCUGGACAGGUUUUCUUUGCAGCUUCGUGCUACAAGUUGGGUGAAUGACACUUUUUCCUUUCGUAAUCCUUAAACGGCACGCCUAUUCCAGCCUCUUGUUCAGGCUCAGGAAAAUAUGUUUCAGGGCCUCCUUAAGAACUGAAGAUAAAUGCAGCAGGAGGCUAAAACUUCCAAGCUUGAUAGCACAACUCCUUCCGAGCUCCUUUUGGCUGGGGCACUUGCUAUACUGAAAGCAUAAGGGCUGUUAGCUCUAUCGAUGCCAUCAGCACCGAUGAAUUGUAAAGCAGAAAAGAUGUUCGCGGGUGCAAAGUUGAUCCAGAUGGCAAUGGUGCACAAAACUUGUGCGUCGACUGGAAGCAAUUUUUAUGAUUAACUUUUCAAUGGAAAAUGCCUUCACACAUUGGAAUCGCAAGAUGUGACUUGUGUGCAUGGCAGCUGCCACCUUAUUUUGCUUGCACCCUUGCAGUGCUUUUCUGCAUUCAGAUGCCUCAUGGAUAGACAUGAGAUUUGUCAACUUGUGUGAUUUUUUAAGCGUCAGUGCAUGUUCUGUGCAAGUUGUAGAACCUGGAAUGCUUUAAGCGACAGCCUCUGUUUUCUUCCAUGUCACUUUUCUCAAAUGUCAUGGUGUACCAAUGGAAUGCACUUUAAGGUAGCCUGUAUAGAAGCUGUAUAAAGUGUUCAUGUGUAAUUCCCUUGGUGCUGCACAUUUUAGUAGUCCCUCUCAGUGGUCAUGUAUUCUCACUCUAAUAAGAAAUAGCCAGAUAAAAAGACAGCAGUGCACUCUCAUCCAAAGGGAAACAAAGCCCAGUCAUGUAGGGUUGCACUGUGAACUGGUGGUCUUCUGGUGGGAGGCCUUUCCUUUACAGAGCAUGUACUCCCUUGUUCUCAAGAUAUGACGUUUUUAUCUCUUGUUGGUUGUUGCCAAGAUUCUUGAGGCUGUUCACCUCUCGGGCUCAACGUGAGUGAAUCACUGAGAAAUGCAAUGCCUUUCCUAUGCUGCCAUAAAGGCCUCCACCACAUUUCUUGUGGCUUACCAGUUUUUGUUGUCGAAUUAUCUUUUAAGAGCUCGCAUGUGAGUAUGCAAGUGUGCCAUGCUGUUUGUGCCAAGGCCUCUUCAGUUGAACAUAUAGGCUCAGCAGGAUACAGCUACCACUGACACUUCACAACCCGAUACCUUAUUUAACUUCCUAACUUCCUAGAUUCUUCCUAGAAUUUGAUAGGCAAAUGCUAUAACAGUUGUCGAGACAUACAUACCAUAUUUGCAUGGACAUAUAACACGAGCUGUUUGUCCUAGCUUUAGUGAAUUCCUCUUUUGUUUAGAGCUGUAGUUCAUAUUAUAAAAAAAUAUUCUCUUUCCACUUUUGUGCUGCAAGAUGCGGCAGUUCUCCAAAGUUGUUCAUUGUGGUUUGUGCUAAAGGUUAGCCCAUGUUGUACCUGUUUGCAUGCAUCACUGUACCAGGCAGGGCAUGCAAAAAUUUGUCCAAGUGCAGUUAUGGUUGCAUAACACACAAUGAGGUUUCGUGACAAUCGUAAUAGUACUUGUUAUUUUCUAAGUUGACGCUUUGCCGCCUUGUUAUUUUCUGUUUGUGUUAUAUUUAUGCAAACAUGGUAUGUGACAUUCACAAUAAUCGCCUGCAAAGCAUGAUAUAUUGUGUAUUGUAACACACAGUUUUGAUUCAUUGAGUUGUGAAAUGAAUGAGAACACUGAAGGAGCAUACAUCAGUGGCUAUGCCAACACAAAGUGAGAUCCUGAGGGUAAACUUGCUCACUGCUUUCGUACGGAAGGACAUACUUAAUUCCAUAGCUUUGUGUGGCUGGUUCACGGUGGCAAAGUGGAAUGACCUGCAUUGACCAACCUAAACUUUAACAGAUCUUACAUUCCCCCAAUCAAUUAGUCAUUGAAAUGCCAAUUUGCACAAGAAGCACUUGAAGAGCAUACAAGCUCACCUCGUCCUUGAUCCAGGCCUAUCUGAGAACAUUGACAUUAAAGGCGGCCAAUGUGCUUCCUGGUUGUGCUUGCUUCAGAUUAACAGGUGAGCACAUGCUAGACCUGGCAGCCGGUCACCGAUGGCCUUGUGGAUUCUGUAAAUUGUGGGCUGAACAGCUGUGUAUACAUGGCAAUCUAUUUAAGGAUGUGUAAUAAAGAAAUGUGCCAUCUUUUAAACCCCUGCUGCUUAGGAAGUGAAACAGCACAAGUAUCGGGUUGAAGAACUCUGUCCUCCUCUCUCUCUUUUGUAGCUGUUCAAAAUGUUUUCUAUUUUUAUAGUUAUGUACUGGUUGCAGUCAAGUUAUUUGUGAAAAAAAUUCUUCCAUUGAAAAUUGGUGACAAGUUGUGGGGUGUACGUUGCAGUGUCUUCAAAAUUUUCAGCUUUUUUUAUUAUUUCAUCUGUGCCUGGACAUGCUUUUGCACACGGUGCUCUGAUGUACGGGACAUUGUACCAUGUAUGUCAUUUCUCACCUAAUAGGAACGGCAUUGCAUAUGCUGGUGCAUUGUGUAAUGGCUCUGUUGAGCUUGUGUAAAUGUCUGAAUAAUAAAGCCAGUGGUGCGUUAUGUUCA